AAAGUGUGUGUGUGUUGGGGGGACUGAAAAGACUAAGAUGUAAUGUACAGAAUAGGUGGGAUUGCAUCAUGGAUGAUCCAAGAGUUAUAUGGCACCCACACAAAGAGAAAAAGCGUCAGAAGAUAUAAAGCUUGAUAAAAUCAGGAUUGUUAGACUUUUCACGGCUGAAACUUUAAGAUGGGGGCUCUUUCCAUUCCCUGCUAGGUUGUACCCAUUUCAGCAGCAUUCUCUUCUGGUACAGGCAUGCAAGUAAAAGUCAUCUAAUGACUUUCACCGAGUUCCAUCCAUUUUCUGAACCGCUUAAUCCCCACAGACUGGAGCCUAUCCCAGCCGUCAUCGGGCAGUAGGCGGGGGGACACCUUGAACUGGUUGCCAGCCGAUCGCAGGGCACACAGAGACAAACAACCAUCCGCACUCACACCUAGGGGCAAUUUGGAGUGCUCAAUCGGCCUACAAAGCAUGUUUUUGGGGAGGAAACCGGAGUGCCCGGAGAAAACCCACGCGGGCCCGGGGAGAACAUGCAAACUCCGCACAGGGAGGGCCGGAGGUGGAAUCGAACCCGCACCCUCCUGUGAGGCGGACGUGCUACCCAGAGCGCCACCGGGCCGCCUCACCUAGUUCCCAUUUACGUAAUUUACCUAAGUAAAUAUGUAGUAUCUACAUUCGACAUUUUUGUAGAGGCAGACACUUGGAAACACGCUCAGUGACAUUCCAUGUUAAUAGAAUUCAUGCUCUUCAGACUUUCAUAACAAAACUGCCAGCGACGACGCAGCAAGAGCUUUGAAUGGAGGGGAAAAAAAUGACUGAAUCAACUUAAUCAAAAAUGGCAUGUUGAUGCCAACAACAAGAUACCAUUUGUUGAGGGUGUGGAAGUUCCUUGAGAAAGCCACUUUGGUUUUCAAAUUAUCUAGGACAAGUGUUCCAUUAACAAUCAAGUUCAACGGCAUUUGUAAGGACUUCUUUUUCAAGUUAGAAACAUUGUACCAUUUUCACACGUCCUGAGUGUUGUUAGUCAUCUAAAGUGAAAGUUAAAGUCCCAAUGAUCGUCACACACGCAUCUGGGUGUGGUGAAAUUUGUCCUCUGCAUUCAACCCAUCCCCAUGUGAUUUUAAUCCAUCCCCUGGGGGAGAGGGGAGCAGUGAGCAGCAGCGGUGCCGCGCUCGGGAACCAUUUGAUGAUCUAAUCCCCCAAUUCCAACCCUUAGUGCUGAGUGCCAAGCAGGGAGGCAAUGGGUCCCAUUUUUAUAGUCUUUGGUAUGACCCGGCCGGGGUUUGAACUCACAACCUUCCAGUCUCAGGGCGGACACUCUACCACUAGGCCACUCAGCUGGUUGCUCAUGUUGAACAGACGCUGUGAUGUACCGAAGUCAAAUUCCUUGUUUGGCACGCCCAAACAUGGCAAAUAGAAUUUCUUGAAUCUUGAAUAACAAUAAGUUGAGAUACGUAUAUAGUGUUUGAUUUUGAAAACUAAUAUUAAUCCAACAAUUGCAGUUAAGUUAUAAGUGAAGACUUAAGUCAUCUUUUUAAGUCAUCCUUAUCCUGCCUCUUUGGAGGGAGUGCUUAUUUACUUUGGAGACCGGACAUUUCAUGAGCAAAUUUACAGAACUGUCAAAGUACUUCAAUGAAGAAAAGAAAGAUUUAAGGAGUUCACACCUACAAGAUAAAGUGAGUUUGAAAGCAGCUCAGUAAUCCUGGAUCAGAGUGGACAAAGGGCCCCAGAGUGCUGCUCGUGAUGUAAUCACUGUGUUUGACCCCCCACGGCUCUCCCCUAGUCUAUUUGCUGUGUGUUUGUGACGAGAAGGUCGCUGCUGUAGUUGACCAUCAAAACUGCAUCACAUCACAAGCUCCAAAGGCAGGUUGGUCACAGUCCAUUGGCUGCGUCUCAGGGGCCAGCUGAUGAUGACCUCACACACAGUGGGAAGAAGAAAGUAUCGACCAGUUCUCAGGAGAGGAAUGUGCUAAGCCGUGAGGAGAGGAGAGGUUCUUUGGAUUCCUAUGGCCAAGUAAAACAGACUGGGAGAAUUUUGUUCCCUUUUUUGCCUACAAUUAUUGCUCUUUAUGAUUAGAAGGGCACCUUACUUCACGUGAGUAUCACUUGGUAAACAUUUACUUAGUUCACGCCUCUGAAAGUGUGUGUGUGACUGUUAGCUGUAUCUGCAAGUGAAGAAAUUAUCACGUCUGCUGGGAACCGAGUAAGUAUGUGUGCUGUUUCUUCUAAAAUGACGUGAAAAAAUAGUGCAAGCUAUAAUGUCUGGCUUUUGACUGGAAUUGAAAGUGUCUUCUAGUACAUACACCUAAUUCAGCAUGGGUUCGCUGCAGAACUCCACUCAGAUCAUGUGGGCACUGAACACUCGUUUGAAGGGCUUCCUGGCGCAUGUAAACAGGCUGCAGGAGACCAACCAACAAUUGGAAGCCCAGAUAGCUGAACGGAGCAUGGUGAACACUUUGUGUUCUCAGGAUUGGUCCAAGCAGGAAGAAGCUGUGAAAGAACUCCGUGCUCAGGUUGGCAAACUACUAAUGGAGAAUGCCCAGUUGGCAUUGCAGUCUGAAAGCAUGAAGUCCAGAGCUUCUGCCAUUCAGGCCAGGUGUGACACGGAAGAGCAUAACACCAUGCACCUGGAGCAGCAGGUAGCUCUGCUAAGGGAGUCAAAGAAGAAAACAGAUCAGAGCAACAUGAUUCUGCAGGCAGACAUUGUUCACUCCAUGACAGAGCUUCAUGACAUAAACCAAGAGUAUCAGGCAGCCCGAGCUCUGCAGUUGCAGCGAUCCCCCUCAUGCGAUGCUUUAUUAGCAGUGACCAGGGGAGCAGGUAAACAGGAAAAGGAUGGCACAGGGAUGGAGCUCACCAAACUCCUCGAACAGAUCAGAGCUCAAUGCAACCUGAACAGACAGAAUGACAGACACCUCGGUCCGGGUGCAGGCUCACAUUCGCUUCCCAGCUGUCCCGGGCCGAGCCAGGUUGAAGGUGGAGCGGCAGCUGCAUCAACAACACAGAGUGGCUCUCUAAUCGAGGAAGCAGCAGCAUGGACCCAGGGUAACCUUGGCAGCAAUGCGCUGAGGGAGGCUUGGGCAGAAUUGGCUGAGGCCCGGAAGCAGUGGCAUUCCCUCCAGGUGGAGAUUGAGACUCUGCAUGGCUUGGAGAAAGGUCUGGAGAGCUCCCUCCACAACACCCAGCAGCUGUACUCCAGCCAGCUGCAAGAACUUUCCCAGGUGAUCGCUGGGUUGGAAGGUGAGCUGGAGCAAGUGAGGAAUGGACUGGCCACACAGCGUCAGCGACAUAGCCAGAUGCUCAACACAAAAAUACAAUUGGAGCGAGAGAUUUCCACUUAUAGACGACUGCUGGAACAGGAAGAGGGCAGGUGCAUGAGCCACAGUGAACAGCAAACACGUUUACAGCUCUGGAGAUCGUCUUUGCUGGAACUGAAUGAAAAAGUUUCAGAGAACAGCUUCAGUGAUCCCAGCAUCACCCCAGAUGAACCAAAAUCAGAACCUUUGCCUGACACACCUUCACUAAUACAAAAGGGCAACAAGACAAAGGAAAGCUUUGCACUUCAUCGGCCACAGAGUCUUGUGAUACUCACAGAACCAGAGCAAGAUAAACAUUUAUCAAUCUCCACUGUGAAGACUCAGGAGAUUCUUCAGGGUAACGUAGUGCAGGAAAGUGCAGAGGGCCAUGGCACUGUUGGGACCGAAAAGAUCGACAAGGUCAUCAAGCAAUGGGAGAGCUCGUUCUUCAAAGAUAACCCAAAACUACGUAAGAAGUCCGUGUCCCUGCGCUUCGACCUGCAUAUGGCUGCAGCAGACGAGGGCUGUGCCCAGGUUAAACAAGACACUCUCCCGGAUGUUGAAGUGCGGCUCAUCAUGAAAAGAUCUCGCAGCAGUGCAACUAUCACACCAUAAAUUAUGACAUCAGCCACUGAGUGAAUGCAUACUGGAGUUUCUGCCUUAAACAGCUAUCUGAUAUUAAUAUAUGCAUUUUGGUUUGAUACUAAAGUUGGAUGAUAAAAUUACUUGUACGGGAAAUGAUGGUUACAUGUGUUUUGCACCUUGACAUUUUUUGUCAAUUCAUUGAAUAUCUCAGAAAAAAAAUUACCAAUUCAUCAGCACUUAUUUUAAAUCUAAAAUGUUUUUUUUAUUUUUAUUGUCCCAUUUUGUCUAACUGACAUAGGUACUCCCUAAAAAACAGGUCCUCUCUGCCUUCUCUCCAUUUGUUCAUUCAGUGAGGAAGGAAGUAUGUAUUGGAAAGUAUGUGUUGGAAGUUGUGUUGGAAAUUGAGUUUCUGUUCAAUGACUGUGAUUGAGGAACUUUUAAAAUGUCCGUUUUAAUUUCAUUGUCUCAUUUGUGCAUGAUACCUCGGACAUUGUCUGGUUUAAAGAUUAUGUUGACUACCUGCUUUUUACAAAUAGCAGUCAAUAGAGCCUACUGAUUUAAUUGCCUUCUGAUAUUGUGGUGAAUUUAGUUAAGGGAAACUCAUGACGUUGUUCAAUUGUGUCAUAAAGCUAAACCUUAAAAUACUUAAAAUCUCACUGCUGCAAUAUUGUUUAUCUGAUACAAAGCAUAAACACAGCCUCAUGCCCCAGUAUAGUAAUUUAUUUUGUGGAGCGUGCACAGUUGCUGUUUUAACCAGACAGUAGCAGCAUUUGUACAUAGUUAAUAGUGAGCUAUACAAUAGUCUAUGUAAUGUGUAAAAAUAUGUUUUUGCCCAACUAUUGAAAUGAAACAAAUGCUUACAUCUUUUAUUGCAUUUAUUUGUAUUUGCUUGUGGUCACAUAAAAAUGCUUCACUGUAAAUAACGGUCACUUUUCAUUUCCAUUAAAUUAUGUUUCCUACUUCAAGCAUUUUAAUUUGUUGUCGAAGCAAUUCUACUUGACUUAACUUUGCCUAAAGAUGUGGACAUUCUUCAUCAGAAGAAGGCCUAAAUGGAAUCUUUUGUUUUCAGCUUACAAAGAAAGUGAAUAUGCUGAUAGUUAUGCUUAACCACUAAGUGCUUUGCCACAGUAUGUUUACAGUGACUUCCUCUGAAAAUGAUAAAUUCACAUAAUUGGUGCACAUUGAUUGAGACAAGCCUGACAUGUUAA